AUUUGACAGAGAUAUUUAAGUAUAAAAUGGAUUUUUAACAAGACGAGUUCACAGACCGUAGGAUGGGGCGAGUCAUAGCAUUGGGUUUUAUCGCGUUACUGUCAUCAGUCAUAGCGGCGCCAGCGCCUCAAGUGUGUGUCUUGAGCCCUCCGCCAUGCGAGCCCCCCUGUCCGCCCUGUCCCUGCCCAGAGCCACCCUGCCCAGAACCGAAUCCUUGUAACCCGAAUUGCCCACAAAUCAUUUCAAGCAAUGAUGCUAUAAAGGUAUUAGUCCCGAGAAGCAACACGCCGGACGGUCUGCGCAAUAUCGGAUUCCAACCUUAUCCCGUCCCUGGAGGAGUUUUCUACGUCCUGAAAAACCCUGACGUGAUCAUUCAGCCGCCACCUCUGAUCAUCCGUCCACCACUCCCAAGGCCGAUUCAACCUCCCUCCAUAGAAAUCCAGCCACCACGCCAGCAUCCGAUAACUCCUCCGCCAAUUUACGUACGGCCGUCUCCUCUGCCGCCUGUGAAUGUGCCACCAAUCUGUGUACGACCUCAGCCUCUUUGCCCGAUCACACCACCACCGAUAAUAGUGACACCACCACGUUCACCCCCGAUUCAACCACCGUCGAUCACCAUCCGCCAACCCACACCCCCGAGUAUAACACCACCCCAAAUCGUAGUCCGCCCCCCAAGCCCAUCUGCCCUACAGGCUCCGAGCAUUUCGAUUCCACUAUCAGUAUUGCAAAGACGAGGCGACGACGGCAUCAUGUCAUCGUCUAAUGGGUACAAUCAGAUGAAUGCUUGUAUCUCCUGUAAUCCCUACAAUCCUUGCAAUCCUUGCAAUCCAUGCAAUCCUUGCAAUCCUUGCAAUCCUUGCGAUUCUUGCGAUCCUUGCAAUCCUUGCAAUCUCAUAAAUCCGUGCUACCCUUGUGACUAACAAGCUUACACCACAACCGGAUAAAUAUUCACGAUCCACCCCUUUAACAAAAAGAUAAUCAAUUUUCUUUAUGCUCAUUUUUAAAUAUUUUGAAGUAUUUUGUCAAAUUGUAAAACUCAUCCUAAAUCUCAGGCAAACUCCUCAAAGAUCUCUGAACCCGGCUAUGUCAAACGGAAUAGAAUAAAUUUAAGUAACCCGUAUGUGUUUCUUAGUUUUAAGUUUGCGAAUGUAAGUCACAAAAACUUUAUUAUUUACAUGUAUUAAAUUGAAAUAGAAGUUAUAUAUAUUUCUA